AUGCCCUCCGCAUCCCACCAGAUUGAUUUUUGCUUUUUCCUAUAGCAUUCGAUCCUAGACACCCACUUGGGGAUGCAAGGAUCUAUCCUCUUACUGAAACGCCAUGGUUUGUCUCUUGCGAGGAGUGCUAUAUGCCUAUGCCGGAGGCAAUGCUCAACGACCACCUAUCAUCCCACGGCUUUCAUAUGUGUUUUUUUUGCGACGCCCGAAUCAAACAUGAGCUUUACGAAAUGCAUUAUCUCCAGUGUAACCAGAAGUGCAAGUGCAAAGGUGUCGAGGACAUGAAGGAACAUGUUGCAGAAAGACAUAUCUGCCCGUACUAUGCAAAAGGACGUCUUAAAGCAUCGACCAUGGUACACCACAUGGAGGUGUACCAUAAUUACUCUUGUCAGUCAGAAGGCUUUUGGGAGGAUCACAUCAGCUCGGAGCAUAUGUGUUGCGGAGAAUAUCAUGAUGACCUCAAACAGCAUUUCUGGGACUGUCACCUUUGCGAUUGUCUUGAGGUCAAAGGGUGCGAAUUGGAGCACCAUUACCAGCAUGUUUUAUCACGCCAUCGCUGCAAUUUAUGCUUCGCCUAUGCUUCGGACCUUGAACUGCAUCGGGAUCGCAAUCAUACAUGCCCCCCUUGCGAUAUGGUAACGUAGUUCACAAGCGAGCUGGCCACCCAAGGAAGCUGGCCACGCUAAUCAGCACAAUACGCAAUUCAACUGAAUUUCGCAACCAUAACGCCGUAAAUCAAUUUAAACUACUCUGAAUACUCUUGCCCGGAUGAUUCUAUUUCAACCUGACAGGUUCUUGCGUUAUGCCCGGGCUUCCCGCACACUCCACAGCGUCGUUGGCGCGCCGGUCCCCGACCCGAACCACUACCGUUUUCAC